AUGCUUCCAACCCACCUCUUUCUGCUAGCCAUUCUUUUCUUCACAGCGACCUUUGCGACUCCCAUCCAAAUAAAACAGAAACGCUCCUUCAAAGUCCCUCGGAUACAACAACAUAACUACAAGCCGAAUGGCAAAGCUGCAUAUCGAAGGGCAUUGUUCAAAUUCGGAUUGUACGAUAUCGAGUUCUUACCUGGUGGCGAGGUAGACACGACAAUCAAAGCGGCAAUCAAAGCUCAGCUCGAUGAGUCGGCCAGUGAGGACGGCGAGACAAGUGCUUCGCCCACGCAAAAUGAUGCCCAGUUUCUGUCGCCGGUGACCGUCGGGGGACAGACUCUGGUCAUGAAUUUUGACAGCGGCUCUUCAGACACAUGGGUCUUCAACACCAAUCUCCCAGCCGAUGACCAACAAGGCCACACGAUCUACGAUCCCACCCAAUCGCCCACUUUCCAGAAUACUUUGCAGGGCAGUACCUUCAACGUCUCCUACGGCGAUGGCUCCUCCGCCUCUGGUCCCGUCGGAGUUGACGAAGUCGACAUCGGUGGCGCCACCGUGUCUGCUCAAGCCAUCGGCCUUCCCGACGACGUAGCCGAGAGUUUCGUGACCGACUCUGCUUCCAACGGUCUGGUCGGCCUUGCUUUCUCAUCGCUCAACACCAUCCAACCCGUUCAGCAAAAGACUUUCUUCGACAACGUCAUGCCGGACCUCACACUCCCGGUCUUCACGGCGCAGUUGAAAUCCGGCGCCGUCGGUGCCUACGAAUUCGGCACCAUCGACACCUCGGCGUUCACGGGCUCAUUGGCCACCGCGCCCGUCGACUCGUCAAAGGGGUUUUGGGAAGUCGACUCCACGAGCGCCGUCGUGCAGAACCAGACCGUCAACGUUGCCGGCGGCACGGCCAUUCUCGACACGGGCACGUCGCUCAUGCUCGUGCCUGACGCAAUGCUCACCGCGUACUGGGGCACCGUGAAUGGCUCACAGGUCUCACAAGACGCGGGCGGCAUCAUCUUCCCCUGCGACGCGGACCUGCCGGAUCUGCAGGUGGCGAUUGGAGACAACAUGGCCACGGUCCAAGGGUCCGGGAUGAACUUUGCCAACGUCGGCGCCGACACAAAUACAGGGGAGCAGUUCUGCUUCGGCGGUCUUCAAUCCAACCAGGGCCUCCCCUUCGCCAUUUACGGCGACGUCUUCUUCCAGUCCCAAUUCGUCGUCUUCGACGGUUCGACGCCUUCAAUCAGCGUUGCUCCGCACUCUUAG